GACGCAUUUUAAGCAACACAUCCUGCUUCCGUUUGCGUCACGCGAAAUGUUUACCUUGUGACAUGCUGACAUGUGUUUGGCAAGGAUUCUCGUCUCCACGGACACUUGUCUGCAGCCCCACAAGCGGCCCGGCUUACCUGUGCAGAAACCCAGUGUGUACGUUCUGAAGUGCGACAGUGUCCCAGGCACUGGGGUAUGUAUAUUUUAUGUCUCGGACUCAGGUGCCAGGGCCUCGGUGUCCUGACACUGGACUGGUGCAUGUCCCAAGACUUAGAAUAUCUAGCAUCAGAAUCCAUGUCAUAUGGACUAGGCCUGCUACAGGUCCCAAGACCCCUGGAUCCACUCGCAGAUACAAGUCUUACGCCCUCUGACAGUGCAGCCACCGGCUGCAACAAGUCGUAAGACCGUCUGGAAUCUGCUAUGGGUGGAUCCAUGUACCAAGACCUCUGCAAUCAGUGCCAUCCUAAGACCUCUGUGUUUCUCAUAUGCUAGAGCUGAGUCCUAAGACAUCUGACACUCAGGCCAGUGGGUGUGCCAGUCCCCGGGCCUGAAAUCCGAUUCAUAGGUAUGCUGCCCAGCACCAAGGCGUAUGCAUCAGGGCAGCACUGUGGGUGGAGGAGCUGACCGUGUGGGUGGAGGAGCCGGCCACACAACUCCCCCACCCUUGGGGACCACCUUGUCUCGCCCUUCGGAACCAUCUCUCCCCCACCCUUGGGGACCAUCUCUCCCCCGCCCUUGGGGACCGCCUUGUCUCGCCCUUCGGAACCGUCUCUCCCCCACCCUUGGGGACCACCAACGUUGCUCAGGUGCGGCGCUCGGGGAUUCGAACCAGCAACCUCUACCUCCCGAGGUGCGGUCUUAUCUCUUACGCCACGGUGUCCUUCGCAUUUGCGCUUGAUUUUUCGAAGUACUUAAACCGCUCAAUGGACAAAAGCUGUGCAAAUUGAAAGGAGAGCGUGGGGUUUGAACCCGGGGCCUUGCUGUUGCAAGGCAAGAGUCAUCCCUCCACACCACAUUGACUUCUGCUUUUGCUCCCCUUCUUUCCUGCAGUGAAGUCAAUAAGGUGAUACCUCAGAAAUGGAAAAUCUAACUGCGAGACUGGGAUUCAAACCUUCUAUCUCAACGUUCUGAGCCCAUGACUCUAGUAUCACGCCACCGUGAUGACUGGAGUUUUGGUCAGUGCAGCAGAGGACAGAAGAUUAAAUGUCCAGAAAUGUAAGUGAAAUAAAGACAGUGAGAGGGGUUUGAACCCUGCACCUGUGGGUCUCCGGGCGAGGAUGUUACCUUUGUGCCAACGUCCCGUCAGCGCUCCGGGCCCCUCUGUAGUGGACUGAAGAAGAUGAGACCACAGAAGCGCAAGAGAAGUAAAGGCGAGGGACGGGUUUGAACCCGCGUUCUCUCGUUCCAGAGACGACGUCAUCACCACGACGCCACGGCUGCCUUAACGUUUCGGCCGAUGUCGUUCACACUCAAGAUGAUGAGCUGAUGGAAACACAAGAGAAAGAAAGAGUGGGGUUCGAACCCUCGACCGUGUGGUCCGGAGACCACGAUUCUCCCAUUGAGCCACUGCCACGCUGACACUGUGGGGGUAGCUUUAACGCCUUCAUAAGCAAUGCUAGAGAAGGGAAGAGAGGUAAAGACGAACAGCGGGAUUUAAACCCUCGAUCUCUUGGUCGGGAGUCGACGACGAUACCGCUACACUACGGCGGGCUUGCUGUAGCUGCGGUGAGGAGACAGGAGAUGAUGAGCUGAUGGAAACACAAGAGAAAUAAAGACAAAGUGAGAUUCGAACCCACACCCCUGGCGUCUGCAGACGGAGACUUUACCUUUGCGCCACCUCCGUCAUAGUGCUUUCGUCUGCUCUUCAGUGGACUGAAGAAGAUGAGACCACAGAAAUACAAGAGAAGUAAAGGAGAACAGGGUUUUGACCCGAUAUCUCUUGGCCCAGAAACCGUACCUUUACACUGUAACGUUUCUGUGUCUGAUGUCGUUGACAGAAGUUAAUGAGCUAACGGAGACAUAAGUGAUGGGAUGAGGGUGGACUCGAACCCUCGACCUUGUGGUCCGGAGACCGCAACCAUACCAUUACGCCACGGCAACUGUAGUGCUGCACUGGCCUUAAUGAGUUCAUAAACUACACAAUUCACAAAUGGACUUUCACAGACAAACAAACUUAGCUUUUCAUAUUCACAUUCACAUUAUCUUACACAUUGUAUGUGUUUUAUAUCCAAUUAUACAGCAGGAUACAUAGACAAGCACAACAAGGUUAAUUACCUUAUACUAAUAAAGCCGGGAAUCGAACCUGCGACCUAUUGUUCACAAGUGGGGUGCCUUAACCACUACACUACUGACCAUGCAGUACCAUACUGCAGCUUCUGGGGGUGAUGAAGUGCUAACCUGUCAACACAGUGGGGUCUUAAUGCUUCUGAGGGUGAGACAAUAGACAGAUCAGACCAUCAACCUAUAGCCUAAGAUAGGGAAGAUACUUUGUGGACGCUUUUCUGAUUUUAACAGGGGAUUUCUAGUUCCAUCCAAUCGGAUGGCCUCAUUAAUGGGUUGAAGGUGUAAUAACUUACAGGUGUGCCUCUUUGUGCCUUUCAAUGUCUUCCUUCACAAUUAUCAGAGGGCAGUCUCCAAAAUGAGCUGUGCACUUCAGACACUGAUUUUCUUUUAUGAAACGCAGUGGAUGGGCAGGGUUUGCACAUUAUUUUAGUUUCUUUUUAAGAUAGUUGUAUGUGCUUUGGAAUUACAUUUUGCAUUCAACUUCAGCCUUGAAAGUUUUGAAUUGUGCUGUAAUUACUCAAUAAAAUGAUAUGCAAGAAGAACAGUUUCAGUAAAUCUUUAAUGCCCACGUCCACAUCCAGUUAUAACAAGUAUUUGUAUUUAUAUAAUUCAGUGUAUGUGUAUACCAACAGCUGCACUUCCAGUCACCAAUCUGUCAAGCUCCUGAAGUUUGCGGAUGACACCACCCUUAUUGGACUCAUCUCUGGUGGGGAUGAGUCCGCCUACAGGUGGGAGAUUGACCAUCUGGUGACCUGGUGCAGUCAGAACAACGCUGUGAAGCCAGUGGAGAUGGUUGUAGACUUCAGAAAGAACCCAGCCCCACCCGCCCCCAUCACCUUGAGAGACUCCCCUGUCAACAUUGUGGAGUCAUGCCGCUUUCUGGGAACCAUCUUCUCCCAGGACCUCAAGUGGGAGCUGAACAUCAGCUCCCUCACCAAAAAAGCCCAGCAGAGGAUGUUCUUCCUGCGGCAGUUGAAGAAGUUCAACCUGCCAAAGACAAUGAUGGUGCACUUCUACACCGCCAUUAUUGAGUCCAUCCUCACCUCCUCCAUCACCAUCUGGUAUGCUGCUGCCACUGCCAAGGACAAGGGCAGGCUGCAGCGUAUCAUCCGCUCUGCAGCGAUUGGCUGCAAUCUGCCAUCUUUUCAGGACCUGUACGCCUCCAGAACCCUGAGGCGUGCAGGAAGGAUUGUGGCCGACCCCUCUCACCCCGGACACAGACUGUUAGAAACACUCCCCUCUGGCAGGAGGCUGCGGUCCAUCAGGACCAAAACCUCUCGCCACAGAAACAGCUUCUUCUCAUCUGCAGCUGGCCUCAUCAACAAGGCCCGGGGGACCCCUCACUGUCACAGAACCAUUACAACCGUUACAGACACGUUACAUCAACGCACUGUCUCCCUGUGAUUAAUGUCAACCAGGCCCGGGACCCCCCAUUGUCACAGACUCUUAUCCCGCCCCCAUAGACUUUAUAUUUUAUAUCUUGCACUUUAAUAAUACUUCUCACACCCUGCUUCAGCAUCAUGUUGUAUUGUAAAUAUUUAUUUUUAUUUUUAUUUUUUAUUUAUAUCCUACAUCACAUUCCACCUUCUUUUAUAUCUAUGUUAAUAUUUUUUUUGGUAUUAUUUAUGUUGUCUGCAUGCACCCACAUACCACAGCAAAUUCCU